AUGCGUUUCUCUUCGCUUUCUUUGAUUGCUUGUCUACUUCCGGCUGUCCUAGCUGCCCCUAUCACGGAAGGGAAGAAAGACAAACGAACAUUUGAACUUCGUGAUGGAGUCAAUCAUACUGUCUUCUAUCAUGCUGACACUGAUUCCACUCUGGCAUUUGUCACCAAUUCGGGCAUUUGCGAGACGACACCUGGUGUGAACCAGUAUUCUGGAUAUUUGACUGUCGGGACCGGUAUGAACAUGUGGUUCUGGUUUUUUGAGAGUAGAAAUAAUCCUACAACUGCACCAUUGGCGACAUGGUUCAAUGGAGGCCCCGGAUGUUCUUCCAUGAUUGGAUUGUUCCAAGAGAAUGGGCCAUGCCAAUUUUAUAACGGAGCCUCCACCCCCUCCCUCAACCCAUACAGCUUCAACGAAUUCGCAAACAUGAUUUACAUUGAUCAACCGAUCGGAGUAGGCUUCUCCUAUGGUACAGAUUCUGUAACUUCCACCAUUACCGCCGCUCCAUACGUCUGGAAUCUUCUCCAAGCAUUCUACGCCUCAUUCCCUACAUACGAAAACCGGGACUUUGGUAUCUUUACCGAAUCCUAUGGUGGACACUACGGACCCGAAUUUGCAUACUAUUUCGAACAACAAAAUGCCAAAAUCGCUGCAGGCACCGUUUCCGGUCAAACGAUCGAUCUCAUUGCGUUAGGUAUCAACAAUGGAUGGUAUGAUCCCAUCAUCUCCUAUAAGGCAUAUGUCGACUUCUCCUACAACAACACGUACAAACCACUCAUCACCGCAGCUCAACAUACCAGUUAUCUCAACACAUAUACCAAGUCAUGUCUGCCUCUUUUGCAACAAUGCACAUCGACUACGGGAUCCAACACUGCUUGUGUAAAUGCGGAUGAUGUCUGUUAUGAAGAUAUUGAAGGGCCAUUGUCUAACGGAAACUUUGACGUCUAUGAUAUUCGAGAGCCAUCGAAUGAUCCAUAUCCUCCAGAAACUUACGCCACAUAUUUGCAGAGUGCGGCGGUCGUAAAAGCUAUUGGGGCGAAAUCUACUUAUCAAGAAUGUCCUAAUGCUCCUGGUGCGAAAUUCGCCGCUACUGGUGAUGAUUCCCGCACCUUCCUCCCCACCCUCUCCACCGUCGUGCAAUCCGGCAUCCGCGUACUAAUCUGGGCCGGCGACGCCGACUGGAUCUGCAAUUGGUUCGGUGGUCUCGCUACCGCCAACGCCAUUACAUACGCCAACACCUCUUCUUUUAACGCUGCGCCUGUGAAGCCCUAUACUGUUAAUGGUGUUGCGGGGGGUACGUUUAAGAGUGUGGGGAAUUUGAGUUGGUUGAGGGUUUUUGGGGCAGGUCAUGAGGUUCCGUAUUAUACGCCAGCAUUGGCGUUGCAGGCUUUUAUUCAGACAAUGCGAGGGGGAGGGGGGGUGAUUGCUUCUACUUAG